AUGAUUUCAAAUGUAAAUUCAUAUGCAUUUGAUAGAAGAACACAAAAUAGAAAUUAUCUAUAUAAAGAAAUAAUACCGGAGCCACAUUAUCCUAUGGAUAAUUAUUUAUUCAAUAUUAUUGACUGUACUAGGAAGUUUACAAAUGAACAAGUACCAGAAUUUAAAUAUGAAGGAAGAUAUUUCAUGUCAGAUAGUUUUAAACAGUAUCCAAGGGAAAAUGAAAGAAAUAGACAGAAAAGAUAUUAUAAGAAUAAUUAUAAUACUAUAAAAGAAAAUAAAAAUUAUUGUUAUUCAAAACCAAAAAAUAUAACCAAUGAAUUUGAAAAAGAAAGACAGAGGCAAAAUUUAUUUAAUAAAUAUCCUUAUGUAUAUGAAUCUACAGAAAAAACAAACAAAAAAAGUUGCAACGUUACAUCAAAUGCCAAUCAAUUUUUAGAACCUUUUAUUAGACCAGACCAACUACCAUUUCAUAAGUUUUUAAAAAUUACAUAUGACAAAAAAUUUAACAACAUAAAUUAUGUUCCCACAUUUUUAAGAGAACCAUCUUUGGAGGCAAUGGAGGCAAUGAAUCAUGUGUUGAACGGUAACAUGUUUUAUGUAAAGAAACAAUUACGUUAA